AGAACCCAGGCUAUAUGCUUGGCGAGGAUCUGUUCGUGGUCUGAGUGGAGAGGAGUUGCGUGGCCGAAGACUCAAGGGUCUAUCCCAUGUUUAACAUCCUUCAUGGUCAAUCUCGGGGGACUCUCUCUCUCCCCUAAUUUGGCUGACCCAACAACCAGCGUUUGAUCUGUGAAGAAGUGGAGACGCAGACGGACGUGAACGAAAUAAGCAAAAGUUGUUGGGGGUUCAGGAGCUGGUGGAAGAUUCGUCAUCACCUCCAUCAUCCUUUAAAAGGGAGUUAUAAAACCUUCGUUCUCCCCUUUUAUCCUUCAAUCUCUCCAUCUCUCUCUCUCUCUCUCUCCCUCCUGCUGGUACUAUCUUCCUCCUACCAUGGUGGUGAGAUUGUGGAGAUGGUACCAGAGGUGUCUCACCCAGUACCCGCUUAGGACGCAGGUCAUAAGUUCUGGGAUUCUUUGGGGAACUGGAGAUGUUACGGCUCAGAAGGUCACCCAUUUCACCAAGGCGCACAAACCUGAUCAGGAAAAGGCAGAUUUUAGCAUCAACUGGAAACGAGUGGCUGUAACUAGCAUGUUUGGCUUUGCUUUUGUUGGACCAGUUGGCAAUUACUGGUACGAAGCCUUGGACCGAUUCAUAAAAUACAAACUUCGGUUGACACCCAACUCAUUACGUUUCGUUACUGCAAAACUGACUCUUGAUGGGCUUAUUUUUGGGCCAUUAGAUUUAUUGCUUUUUUUCUCAUAUAUGGGAGUCUCCAUGGGGAAAAGCAUUGACCAGGUGAAGGAAGAUGUGAAAAGAGAUUUUGUGCCAGCAUUUGUUCUGGGAGGUGCUGUCUGGCCACUUGCACAGACAGCAAACUUCCGUUAUGUUCCAGUUAGAUACCAACUCCUGUAUGUCAAUGUGUUCUGCUUGCUGGACAGUGCAUUCUUGUCGUGGGUUGAGCAGCAAGAAGACGCACCUUGGAAACAGUACAUUAAUUCCUUCCUUCCUUUGAAAGAAGAGGAAGGACAUAGCUGAUAGUGCUUUUAUUCUUACCUUUCUGCUUCUGAAGUAUGUCAAUGAUUUCCUUCACAACACAUUCAUGAACUCGUGAAAACAUUGAUGGAUGUAAUUAUCAAAAGUUUCUUUUCAAGGAUUUAAUUCCAUGUGUUCCAUAUUAAUCUA